CACGACGGCUUCGUAAGCUGGUGGUGGUCCUGGUGUAGGAGGAGCUUGUAUAUCAGACAGCACGAAUUCUUCGGAUUCAAAGCACUGAAAUAACAGCAAAAACAAACAUAAAAGUAGGCGUUCACUAAUUUUGAAUGGAAUAGAGUCUCAUCGUCGUAAGAUUAACGAAAAAGAGUUAAUGACCAGAAUGAUGUCGGCCAGUGAGCUGCGUCGAUACCUGCUGGCUUUGUUCAUGCUCGGCGGUAUUUUGCUCUGCUACCUCUUCUGGAAUCAACCAUCGACUCCGGGGAUGGGCGCCUCCAGCUACACUAACAACAAUGCCCAGAAAGUGUACAUACCGUAUCUGACGAAAUCGGAUUUGCGAUGGAGCUGGGAGUGCGAGGGUCAACGGUGCGUGCGUAAGGAAGUCGGCAAGGACGAUCGUCACACGUCCUUAGCCACGUGCAGCAUGUUAUGUGGAUCGACUCAAUUGUGGCCACAGCCGACGGGCCCUGUGACCUUGGGCAGUCGUUCCGUGGUCUUCAACCAUCAACAGUUCCAGUUGGACACCAUGGUCAGCGAGCCGGCUCGUUCGUUCAUCAUGUACUCUUUCGCCGCAUUCAACUCGAACGUCGUAAAUUUAGUGCAAAACGUUGACUACACCAAGAGCAAGAGUGACAUCAGGAAGUUCGUCGUGAAAAUCUCUGUGUUCGAUGCGAAGGUUGUGCGCCUGCUGCUCACCACCGAUGAAAGUUAUAAGCUGGUGGUAAGACCGAACGAGGAUAAUGACUUGGUGGCUAUGAUCACGGCUCAGAACGUGUUCGGGGCGCGACACGCUCUGGAAUCUCUGUCCCAGUUGAUUUGGUGGGCAGAGUUUGAAAACGGGGGGAUGUUGAAGACUUUGAGAGGAGCGAGCGUGCAGGACGCACCCAAGUUUCCGUACAGAGGUCUGAUGGUCGAUACGGCUAGGAAUUUCAUGCCCGUAGAUAAUCUGAAGCGAGUGUUGGUGGGAAUGGCUGCAAACAAAUUGAAUGUGUUCCAUUGGCACGUGUCUGACUCGCAGAGUUUUCCGCUCGAGUUGCCGAACGUUCCACAGCUCGCGAAGUACGGAUCGUAUCGACCUGAUUUAGUUUACACCGUCGAGCAGGUGAAAGAAUUAGUGGAGUUCGCCAAUCUUAGGGGUAUCAGGGUGGUGAUUGAGGUGGAUAUGCCGGCACAUGCUGGCAACGGAUGGACGUGGGGACCGAGCGAAGGACUUGGAGAUUUGGCUGUUUGCGUUAAUCUUCAGCCGUGGAGUUUAUAUUGUGGGGAACCGCCGUGCGGACAACUAAAUCCAGAUAAUCCUAAUGUUUAUGAUGUGCUUGAGAAAAUAUUCAAAGAUUUGCUGGAAAUGACCGGGGAAAGUGAGAUCUUCCACAUGGGUGGUGACGAGGUGAAUUUGGAGUGCUGGGCGCAGUACAGGAACCGGAACAACACCAGUAGCUACGUGGAUUUGAACGAGGUUUGGGGUAACUUCACCAAGGAAGCGUUGAAGAGACUUGAGAAAGCUAACGGCGGGAAGAGGCCUAAGCAUGUGGUUGUUUGGAGCAGCAACCUCACGAAGAGACCUUACUCGGUUAAGUACUUUGAUAAGAACAGUAUAGUUGUACAGAGCUGGGGCGGAAGCGAGUGGACGGAAACGCCUGAGCUGGUAGCAGGUGGAUACAAUGUGAUCAUAUCGCACGUGGAUGCGUGGUAUUUGGAUUGUGGUUACGGUAGAUGGCGCGAACACGGGGAAGCCGCCUGCGAUCCCUACAGGACGUGGCAGACCGUUUACAGGCAUCAGCCUUGGAACAGCGAUGUUUAUUACAGGAAGCAGGUUCUGGGUGGAGAGGCCUGCUUGUGGACGGAACAGGUGGACGAGAAGUCUUUGGAUACCAGGUUGUGGCCGAGGGCUGCGGCAUUCGCGGAAAGGGUUUGGAGUGAUCCUCCUGUGGACAGAUCGUCGAUGUCCAUUAACGAGGACGUUUAUACCAGACUGUCGACGCACAGGGACAGGCUUAUAUCUCGCGGCCUCGCCGCAGAAGCCCUUUGGCCGCAAUGGUGUUCGCAGAAUCCCGGUAUGUGCCUUUGACGGCCCGGCCCGAAUGUUUAGUUUGAAACGAGGAGAUACAAUCCUCCUCUCGCCUGCCUCUCUCUUUCACACAGUCACUCACUCACUCUCUCAGACAUUGAUGCAAAUGCAAUAGACAUUUGCAUAUAAAAGCAGCGUGUUCGAUGAAUAUUCAAGUACCGACUGGAAGAAGAAUAUUUCAUUUCCGUAUAUCAAAAGCUUACGUUGUUUGUGCGCGUACUGACCAAACUUUAAAUGUGCACCUCUUACAUAGUCUGACACCUCAUCCAUACUCAACCCCCAAAAAAAGAAAAGACCUAAUUCGUGCACAGUGAUAUUAGUUUAUAAGGAUAUAACAAUAAUGUACAUAACGUCCAAUAUGUCCAUUAUACGAAACUGUAAUUUCUUUAGCCUAAUUGACCAAUGUUUGUGCCAAUCUUAUAUUCCUAUUUUUUUUUUCGUAUUUUGUAAUUUAGUACAAAUGUCACCGACUAAAUUGUGGUUUAGAUAGAUUAAAAAAGAAAUAUGUUGAAACAAGAAAAUAAUGUAUAAUAAAUAAUCGGCUUUCACCUGAAUAUGCAAAGACAAAAA